AUGUUGCAGAUUCCUAGCACUUCUCAAGAGUUUCCAUUGGACCUCUCCAAUGAGUGGGCCAGUCCCACGGAAACCACCAUGAGCGACGUCCAAGUCGCAAGAGCAAGAAUGGCCAGUCUUGGCCUGACCGCAAUGGAGCCCUUCUUUGCCGCAUCCCCCAGACACUCCACAUUGCUUGCUGAGCAGAUCUGGGCUCUCACCAAGUCCGGAGAGAAGAAACCCUUGUCUGCGACACCUUCAAAGGUUGUGAGUGUUGCUCAAGAAGUGGCUGCUUUGUGGCUGUCAUCGCCCGCAUAGAGGUUACUCUCUGUUGAAAAUCAAAUUGACUUGGUGGUGGAUUGUGGGUCGUGGUGGUGGAUUGUGGGUCAGUCGUGGGAACGUGAGCUUUGUUUACUUCAUCUCAAGGCGGAGACCAAUUUGGUGCAAGAAAAGCUGUGCAUCAUUAAGGAUUUGUUCUUCUCAUCUGCAACCAUCUCUGCCUUGCCAAUAUGA